GUUUUAUUGACAUCGGGAUAGAGUAUGGACGUGGCUACAAACUGCUUAUUACUUUUUACACUGAUGAAUUUAUGUUUCGCGAAUGUGCCAAAAUACCAACUGAACGAUGGAAGGAGAAUACCAUCUUUAGCUUUGGGAACCUACCUUGGGUAUGAUAAGAAUGGAGCGGUGAUACCUCAGAAUAACCUCGUCAGAGAUGUUAUCCUGCAAGCUAUAGAUGUGGGAUAUCGACAUUUCGACACUGCGACGAUUUACAACACCGAGGAGGAAAUAGGGCAAGCGGUGCGGAUCAAGGUUGCAGAAGGGGCAGUUAAACGGGAGGACAUAUUUAUUACUACCAAGUUAUGGAACACUCAUCAUAGACGGGAAGACGUUUUAAAAGCUCUGAGGGAAUCUCUAAGCAAGUUUGAACUAAACUAUAUUGACCUCUACCUCAUGCAUUGGCCUAUUGGACUUAGUGAAGACUACUCAUACUCAGAUGUGGACUACCUGGAGACCUGGCGAGGGUUGGAAGACGCUCAGAAACUGGGCCUGGUGAAGUCCAUAGGCGUCUCCAACUUUAAUAAGCAGCAGCUUGAGAGACUUAUUAAGGAGGGCCGUGUUAAACCAGCUGUAUUACAAAUUGAGAUUCAUCCUCAGAUCAUCCAGACAGAGCUGGUGAGCUACGCACAGUCUCAAGGCGUCGUGGUCAUGGGCUACAGCCCCUUCGGCUCGCUGGUGAUGAGAUACGGCAUCGACUUCCCCGGGCCCAAGAUCGAUAACCCCACCCUGCUGGAAAUAGCGACGAAAUACUCCAAGACUACCCCACAAGUCGUUCUCAGAUGGCUCGUGGAUAGAAACAUCAUACCGAUACCAAAGACAGUGAAGUACUCGCGUCUAAAAGAAAACAUAAAUAUUUUCGACUUCGAGUUGACCAAAGAGGAAAUACAGAAGAUAAACGAAUUUGACGACGAAACUAGAUACACCAUACCUUCCUUCUGGCAAUCUCACCGUUAUUACCCUUUCGAGAAAGUUGAUAAUCCCAUACCUAAUCCGUUUAGUAGGUCAUAAAAGAAUAAAUCUUUUCAAAAAACCUUGAUUGAUAUCAUAGAUGUCGCAAUCCAUUGGACAAAAAACCUACUUGUAUAACCAAAAUUAUUCAUUUAAGUAUGUCUCCGACCAAGAAGCUUCUGUUGUAGAUUUAUAACUUUCUAAUAAAUUAAAAAAGAUGAUUGUAGAUGAAGUACAUUAAAUGUUUACAACUUAUUGCUAUUGUGUAGGUAGAAUAUGGUAGGUAGGUACUUACUUUAUUUUGAAACCGGGCAACGAUCGGUAAUAUAAAUACGUGUAGAAUUAGAUAUUAUCUAUAUGUGUAGUAAAAUAGCUUUGUUUACAAUUUAUUCUUUAUUAAAUAGGCAUACCAUUGUAUUCUUUCACAGUGAUUAAAACUCUACUCAUUUAGAAAAAAAUCUCACAUGUGGACCAUAUACAUAUUUUAGAGUUAGUAAUAGAAAAAUAUCAAGAGCGGCGUAGACCUCUCUACAUUGCAUUUAUUGACAACCAAAGAGCCUUCAAUACUGUCUCGCACGAAUGUAUAUGGGAAACAAUAAAACCACAAAAUGUAGAGAUCCAAACGAUACAAAAACAUAUAUAUGAAAACAGCACUAGUCGAGUAAAGCUAGAAUCCAUUGGACCAAGCUUUCCAGAGAGUAGAGGAGCUAGACAAAGAACCAUAUCUCUCCAACAAAGUUUAUUGCAAAACUAAAAUCCAACAUAAGUAAGCUAGAUUGGAAAAAAACAAGGCUUGUACAUCUAAGGAAAAUAUUUGAACCACUGAGUUUGAGUUUGCAGACGACCGACGUAGGUUUGCUAUCAGAAACGAGCAACCAAUUUCAAAAUAUGAUAGAAAUUUAACAAAAACAUAAGCCAUGACUAACGAUAUAAAACCAGCUGUAAAAAUUGGAAAUGAUGAAUUAGAAUAUGUCGAUCAGUAUAUUUACUUUGGUAAACAAAUUGAAUUCAACAGAUACAGAAACGAUCAAGAAAUUGAGAAAAGAGUAAAAAAUACGUGGAGCAGGUAUUGGAGUAACGAAGAGAUAUUUAAGAGUUAUGGAUUCAUAUCUUAUUCCAUGCCUGAGAUACGGAAAUUUCAAAAAAAACAAUAUCAAUACAUGUCAAAGAGAAAUGGAACUGAGCAUGCUAAAUAUUAAAAAGCUACAUAAGAUAAGACACACAAAUUUAAGAUCAGAGAUGAAAGCAAUCGAUGCACUACGUCAAGUAAGACAACUGGAAAUUGGUGGAUCACGCGGCGUGCCUAAAAGAUUACAGGUGGAUCAAAACAGUAACCACGUGUAGUGGUCCACCAGGCAAGCCCUACAGAGGCAGACCAUGCACUCGAUGGUACGAUUAUAUGAAGAAAAUCGGGGGUCCACAAUGGAUCAAAUUACACCAGGAUAGAAAAAGAUGGCAAGCCUUGGAGGAGGCCUUCACCGGAGAGAGUUCCUGGAAUCCUGAUACAUAAUUAUAGUUAUUAUAGACCUAAGCAGUAGGUACAUAGUUAAUUGUAGUUGUGAAAGUUAAGUUAAGAAAACUUAUAAGGCUUAAAUAAAUAAAAAAUAAAUUUACUUUUAGACU